AUGCAUAAACCAUUCCCAUUAAUUUAUACACUUCUCUUACUAUAAAUAUGCGCAUCCUCCACACUCUUGACACACCAAUCCCUACAAAGAGAGAAAGAGCUCAAUACUUGUUAGAAAAUUCCGAUACCAUCACAAUGGUAGAAAAUGGUUAUGCUGAUCUAGAGAAGCAGAGACUGCUUCUCCAAGCCCAUGAAGAGAAGCACUUCAUGUCCAGUGAGGUUGUCCGAGACAUCAUCAUCGGCGUCUCUGACGGCCUCACCGUUCCUUUUGCUCUUGCUGCUGGUUUAUCCGGCGCCGAUGUCUCCUCCUCCAUCAUUCUCGUUGCCGGGAUGGCUGAAGUCGCCGCAGGUGCCAUCUCAAUGGGACUCGGAGGAUACCUUGCAGCAAAAAGUGAAGCUGAUCAUUACAAGAGAGAACUAAAGAGAGAACAAGAAGAGAUCAUCAGCGUCCCUGAUAUUGAGGCGGCUGAAUGUGGAGAGAUACUAGCACAAUACGGAGUGGAGCCUCACGAAUACGAACCCGUGGUGAAUGCUCUAAGGAGGAACCACCAACAUUGGCUUGAUUUCAUGAUGAAGUUUGAGCUUGGAUUGGAGAAACCGGAUCCCAUGAGGGCACUACGAAGUGCAGUGACGAUUGCCUUGUCUUAUGUAAUGGGUGGAGUUGUGCCACUCUUGCCCUACAUGAUUAUUCCGAUUGCGGGCAAGGCGGUGCUGGCGUCUGUUGGAGUCACAAUCGUCGCUUUGUUCAUUUUUGGUUUGGCCAAGGGUUACUUCACCGGCUGCCAACCCUUUAAGAGCGCCAUACAAACCGCCUUGAUUGGCGCAAUUGCCUCCGCUGCUGCUUAUUCUCUAGCUAAGGUUUUCAAAGCUGCAUGAAUUUUUUUUUUUUUUUUUAACAAGGGUAAUGGUUAAUAAAUUAGUUUUAUUAGUUGUUAGCAAUUGGAGAUUCGAUUUUCAGAUAUAGGGAACAUCCCACCUCCUACAAUGAGAGGCGCUACCCAUCGGCCGAUUGGUGGAGUUCAAAGCUGCAUGAAUUAACUGAUUGCUGUGCCUGUCUCUCUCUCUUUUUCUCUCUCUUUGCUUGAUUAGGCUUCUGGGUUAUGUGCUUAAAUGUAUUUGGAGCAAAUAUUUCCAUAUUGUCCUAUCUAUAUAUAGUCGUGUAUUUUUAUGUUUCUAUUGUCUAUUUUUAAAAUAAAAAGUAUUUUACUAU